CCCACCCCUCGUCAAAGUAAACACAUGGGAGUUGAUAAAAUGAAGGAUUUGAGGUGCGCUAAAGUGGGGAAUGGCUUCUGUUCAGUGCGCAAUCCCCACUUCCCGGAAAAUAGUGAAGAGGGGUUGAGGGCACCUUCCAGACUCCCUCCAGUCGAUUUAGACUAGUUGUCCAAGUCAAGAUGGAUUCUCCAUUUGCUCCAUGAAAUUCAAGUAUUUCCCCGCGUUAUUCUAUUCCGUUUAACGACAUAAUAUACCAUUUGUCAGUGAAAAAUAACGAGAGUAAACGAGUUUUUUGUGGAAUAGAAUGUGCAGUUAUGAGUGAUAAAUUUCACGGUGGAAUACAAUCGUACUACAAUGGUGGAUAACAAUUGCAUUAUCGAGGGGAAUGUCAAAUUCCGGGACGGCAAAAAAUGGAAGUCACGGUGGUGUGUGAUGCGAAAGCUGUCGCCAGUAGCAGACUGUUUACAUCUGCAACUGUAUGGGGACAGCAAAGACCGGUACAAGCAGGGGCAGACUAAAGCAUCUCUGAGCCUGCAGCACUUUUUGGGAAUUGAGAGCGGUUUGACUCUUGAUAAAGAGUCCAACACAGUGGCUAUAAUAUGCCAGGAUUUAAUCGUCGUUCUUGCUUUUGACACGCGGGAGCGGUUGAUCCAGUGGCAGGUGAAAAUAUCGAGUAAUUUGGGGGAUGAUCAACAAUUUCUGGUGCUGAUAUCCACAGCCCCAGCAAAAGCUAAAGUAUCAACGGGCCCAGCCCACCUCCACAUCCAAGACGGUCGCUUCUGCAUAACCGUUGGAGUGCCCCCACGACUAAUCGGUGUCUGGGAAAUAGGGCAUCUCCGUCGUUAUGGCGUAGUUGAGGGUAGAUUUUGCUUCGAGGGUGGCUCACGUUGUGGUCGUGGCGAAGGGUUGCACGUGCUCAUAACAGAUCAGGGCGAUGAUAUCGUCAAAGCACUGCAGCUGGCGGCAGAGGGCAAGCUGUCCCGUAAACGACCAAUCAUCCGUGAAUUAUCAGUGCAGGACAGCCCCAGACGUCAGUUCUCACGUUCUGACACGCGUGCCAGUGAUUUUUUCCCCCCAACCGUAUAUUCUACGACUUACAAAGACGAUACGGACUUGACUAAAACCGAAACAUCUCCGUGUUGGUCCUCAACUGAGAGCCGUCACAAUGUGGAGCUAGACGGUGACUAUCGAGAGGUUGGGGGAUCGAUAAACGAGUUGACUGAUAAAAAUGAAUCCUUAGAAUGGCGGAGCACAUUGCCAAGACAGCACAGCUCGGUUUUGGAGCGCUGCGCCAGUUGCAUCAGCAAACUCGGUGCAGUCUCCAAGACCUCGACCUUUAUCACCAACUCAACGCACACCUCUAUGAACACCUCGGUGAAUCCACCGAAGGGUUUCGACAGAAUAUCCCUAUCAUCCUACAGUACCAGUAGUCACGACAGUGAUUACUCGACCUUUCCUUCAAAUACAACUGAUACCAGCGCCAAACCUAAUUCAAUCAUUACCAAAACCGAUACUAGCGUUACCAAAUCUAAUCCCAGCGUUAUCAAAUCUAAUCCCAGCGUUAUCAAGCCUAAUCCCAGCGUUACCAAACCUAAUCCUAACGUUACCGCCGAGAGCCCUCACGCACCUCCGAAAGACACAGUAGAUUUACCUCUACCCCCGAGACCGCCCUCAACCCGACUGAAACCUAAGAAGCCUCCAAUGCCUCUUCCCGAUAAAAUCUGCACCUGCACGACCGCUGUCCAAACACCAAGGAAACCCGAUCCUUACGACAACUACGACAUCCCCAAGACAAUCUUGGCACACCACAUGUCCCUGGAGCCGCCACAAACACAAGAUCAGUACUACGAUACUCCACGGAAGAUAAAGGAGUGCCUUGCAUUACCAAAGAAUCAAAAUUAUCCGAACUACGAUACGCCUUACAACUCACAAGCUGUAGUUCUUCAGCAGUGCGGCUGUCCCAGCAAACUACCAGCUCAGUCUCCAAGAUCGGCAUGUCCCUGUCACAAUGUCAUGAGCUGGGCUGGUUUUGUCCUGCCGUAUUGUCGACGUGGAGCUGGCAUCGAGUCCGGUGUCACUGUCCAUCCCAUCAAGCUCUCAGGUCAAGGCAAGAUGCCGGUGGUCAAUGCCAGCGGUGAAGUCGCCAUCUAUCCACUCUCAAAGGGUGCUAAGACUGAUAUCACAACAAGAGAAGAACCCAUCAACAACAACUACGAGAACCUCACACCCGUCAUCGAGACCCAGCCCGAGUCAAAAUCAAACUACGUGAACAUCGACUUCAGCGAGUCCCUGGAGCACUACGAGAACAGCAGAGAUGUCAUCACGAAGAGUGGAAUCACCCAGGAGGAGAUUCAGGAGAUCGCAUGCGAGCUCAAGCCUGACGAUUGCAGGAAGUCUUCAGGAUCAACGGAGAAGAUCAAGGACGACGAGAUUUGCACCAAGUGCGGACACAUGAAGGAGAACUCACCGGAUUAUCUACUCAUGGAUCCGGAUAAGCAGCUCGUGAAGAAGGCGUUCUCGAGUUAUUUGCCGAUGCAACCGGCGCACAACCACUGCUCCAAGGAAGUCCUAUCCCGCAUCUACAGCGGGACAAAAAGCUCGAGCAAUCCGACGCUUUUUGGACCUCCUGUGGAGUCCACCUCGACCCGUAAGCGAUCUGAUUCAGAAUUACGGAUUCCGGGCUCGGCUAUGCUGUCGAGUCCUUACUUGAGGCGCCGGUUGAUCGAUCCUGCUCAAGCCAUCGAGUCCAGCGCUAGCCUGGAGAUUCUUUGGAGGAAGAGAUCAUAUUCGGCUGAGUCGGCGCAUUAUCAGACACCGGAGGAGAGCCCGGGGUUCUCCUCGGCGUUGGAAAUCCACAAGUGUCCAAGCGAGACUAGCAAGACUGUCAUUAAAAACGAAGAGAGCGCUUGUCAGCCUUUUUCCAUCAAGAUUAGACGAUCGUCAUCGGUGCCCUCGAAGACUGGUCACAAUCGGGACUCCUCCAGCAGCAAUGACUCUGGCGUUUCCACGGGCUCCUUGAGUCAUCGAAACGCCGAGUUCGUGGAGUUCGAGUUGUCCCUCGCGCCGAUCAAUUCGACACGCAAGCAGAAUAUCCUGACCGUCUGCAGGAAGAGUCCACCGCCCAUUUGCUAUCACAGCAGUCUACCCAGGAAGUCCAAGUCCAGUGAUCCAUUGAGGGAGUUGUCCUUCCAGUUCCAGAAGAUCCAGGUGCCGACCAAGUCGUCAUCCGCUGAGGGUGAAAUACCGGGUCUACCGAAGGCCACGGGCAAGGGCUUUAGCAGUCCUGGCGAGGCCUCAGGAACACCUUACAUCGACUCCAGGAGCACCAGCAGUGGAACUUCCGAUAUGUCUGACUAUAUUGAGACCCUGUCUCUGUCUUCUCAUUCAUCAUCGGAUGCUCCGGACAGUUUGAGGGGUCAGGGCGGUCGUGCCGUUACCACUACAUUGAGACCCAGGAGUGGAAAGGAGUAUUAUAAAAUUGAUCGUGCCAUUCUCAAUGAACAAGCCAGGAGCAGCGGACAGGGCUUUCCAAAUAUCACUCCAGUCAUGGAGAAGAGCGAGUCACCGUCGCCUGGUUAUAUGAGUAGCUCGCCUUUUGAGCAGCCACAGACAUCCAGGCAGCGGUUCUUGUUCCCCGAUGUCAGUGAUAUUUGAAUUUAAGUCGAAGGUUAUCAGGGAGUUUUUGCUAAACUCACGCAUAUGGCCCACGCCAUUUUGCACUCAUUUGCAUUGAACAAGAUGGCAGUGUUCGCUGUCCUUGUUUGAUGCGUUGAAAAGUGCGUGGCCCUGUGGCGCCAUUAGUACCUGAAUUGACCACAAAACUCCCUAAUAGAAAAACAGCCUUUCUAUGAGAUAAUCUUGGGAAUUUUCUGGAGGUCUCACUUUUGGAAAAUUUAUCUUAAAAUUUCAGAACAAAUUUCAUAUUUUUUUUUAUUGGAAAAUGAAUUAAGGCGGUGUAAUAUUUAUAUUAUUACAAAAGAUUUCGAAAGGAAAAUUGCCAUUUCUUCUCUAGAUAUUCUCGAGUAUCUCAUAGAAUUCUCAGAGGAAUUCAAAAGAAUUUCUCAGAGAAAGCGCAAGGUUUUUCUAUUAAAUUGUUUCAUACGUGCGAUCUUCGAUCGACAAUAUCUCCGGAUUGAAUGAAUCGAUUUUGAUGGGAUUUGUGUUAUUUUAAAAACAGAGAGAACACCUCAGAUGUAGAAAAAAAUCUAGGGACGGUACUCUGUCAUUCUCGAGGUAUUGGAGAUCGAGGAUCUGGAUUUGAGCGAAAUCGAAUUAGGUCGCUUAUAUUGAUUUCUUCAUGCAAAAUACAACGCGCCAAUUAUUAUCACUGCCAAUAUCUCAAUAUUUCUGGUGAAAAUAUGUCUUCCCGUAGACACAUUUUUAUUGCCAUUCAACGGUCAAUCGCUUCUAUGGAACACAACCAAUUGAAUUGUUUCUCAAAUAUGCUCAAUACGAAUGAUAAUAGUUGUAUAGUGUGACUCCUGCCCUAGGUUUAAUAACUUAAAAUGAAAACGAAAAUACGUAAUUCUGUCCCAUACUUUCGACGAUGUGAUGGACUUUCUUUAAGGAAUUUUCUCUCAUGAAAUGUGUGAUGUGUGAAUCGGAAAAAUUGGAGGUUUAGGCUCCACACGUGAUGAAAAUUAAUAGAAAACCAUUUCCUAGGGAAUUCUAUUGAUUUUUUAUUAAAACUCUAUUGACAUUUUUAAUAAUUUCCUUUGUGCCAUUUUUCAUUUGAAAAAUCAAUGGAUUUUUAUCUUUCCAUGAAAAUCCUGGAGUCGUAUUUUCCUGUUUUAAAAUUCAAUCUGUUUGGAGUUUUAACAGAAAGUCAAUAGAAUUUUUAAAUUAUUUCACACGUGUCAGAUAGAAUUCAACAGGGUUUUACUCAACCUAACGGUUUUUUAUAAAAAAAAAAAAAUUAGCGUCUCGGUAAUUUCUGAUAUUUAAAUUCUACUAACAAGUUCAUGAGAUGAGAAAACAUGUGGCAUUAUUCAUUCCUAAGCACAGUUGACUAUUAUGUUUCCGAUAAUUUAUUUAUUAUUUAUUUAUUCGCGACUCGAUGAUUUUUUUUUCCUGUUAUACGUGCCGAGUGUUUUAAUAGUUUUAUGGCUUGUCAAUGCAAUUGGCUAGUGUACAAUAAUUUUAAAAACACGAUUUAACGAUUGCUUCGCCAUUUUAACGAAUUAAUGAUGAAUUCCAAUGAAAUCACGUCAAUAGUGACAAUAAUUUGAAUAUAUCAAAAAAUACGAGCAAAACUCAAAGAUAGAUAGUUUAUGGAGAGUAAAUACGUUUGUUUCAAUUUUUUAAACUCGAAUAUGUUAAGAUAAUGCACGAGUGAUGAUUUUUAAUGCACCGAUGGAGAUUAAUCACAAUGAGAACAAACGAAAAAGUAUUAAAUUAGUAUUACCACAAGACUGAGAAACAUGAGGCUGUGGUUUCGUAAUGAAGUGGAAUGAAUAAGGAUGAAUUUCUGAUGAGAAAUCCCCUUGAUUAUUAAUUUUUUAUUCCCUUCAAUUACAAAAUCAUGAUAAACGCCUGGAAAAUUAUUGAAUCAAUAUGAGAAAAAGAGAAAAUCAACGGGAACAUUAAUCUAUAUCUUUUUAAUAAUUUUCAAUAGUGAAAUUUUAAUGAGAACAAUCUACAAAGGCAAUUCCUCUAUGAUCUUUAAAAGUAAAUAUUUGAUAGCGUUGGGAAUGCAUUGAAUCAAGCGCCACGUGAAAUAUUUCAGGUACACGAUACGAGAUUAGUAUUAAGACUGGAUGAUCGAAUAUUGUAUUUCGCAUCCGUUUGGAUUCUAAAAAUUCUGGAGUCCCUAGAUUCCACGGUAUUUAAAAAAAAAAAACCAUCGUAGGCAUGAAUAGUCGAAAUAACUCCUAAAAGUACUGUAUCGAUAAUUAUAAACGCUAUCAUUUUAAUUUCUAGUGAUUCCCAAUUAUGUUUCAAUAAUUAUUGAUGGACAGUUGUCCGGAUCCACUCGUUUUUAAGUUAAAACGGCCUAUUUUUGAAACGUCGCAACGAAAAAUUUAAGACAUUGCUGAUGACUGAUUAAUUGGGAGUCACGUUCAUUCUAAAUGCUAGUCAACAGUUUAAGUACUAUAGCUAUAAUAUAUUUUUAUCGCGAGUGGAACAACGUAGUACUAAAAAGCCAGAUACAAUAAUAUAUGAUUAACCAAACGAUGAGAGUAACUUAAUUGGAUUUAAUGAAAUGAUUAAUAGAUAACAGCAUCGAUCCAAUCAAUUAGUUAUCAAUGAAAUCAAUUUUUUUCUUCUCAUCGUUAUAAUCAGUGGGAGAUUUAAUUGUGAAAUUUUCAUUUUGAUGAAAAUUAUAAACAAUACUAUAGAUUAAUCACAGCUUACUGCUAGUAUGGGAUUCGAUAAUCUCGUUUGGAGAAUUCUCGAGCUUGAAAAAAAGUAUAAAAGUUAUACAAAAGAUAAUCACAAAUUUGAAAGUCCAAUCGUUGCAAGAGAUUGAAAUGUAUACUGGCUUUUAACGAACCAUAUCUUUAAAAUAAUUAAGUACCAAUGAUAUUGCAAUUGAUGAAGUAAAGGAACUGGAAACUGUCCGGUGGUAGACUUCAUGUAAAUAUUGGUGGUAGAAUUUUUAUUUCAACGUUUUUUAUUCAUCCUAUCGUUUUAAGGGAUCGAUGCCAACUGAUUUUUCAUAGUUGUACAUAAAGGAAAAUGAAUUAUAUAAUUUUGAUGAUUCUGUCUUAAGCGUCUGUUCCGAGAAGCGAUUGUGUGAAGAUCUCUCUGUUUACUCGUGAUUAAAUGAAGUUUAACGAGUGAAUCACUUAUUUAUUUAUCGAAUUAUUUGCACGAUCGCUUCUUAACAUUUGCUCAUAUUAUUGGAUUAGAUUUGAAAAGAUCUUGAAGUAAUAUUCGAUUAUUAAGAACGUCAUACCAAAAUAACUUUCAAAUCGAGAUCGAUCGGUGGCAAUUGCUGCCUGCUCCACGCCAACAUGAUAGAAAAUUUUAUAAAUUAUUAUCAUGUUCUCCAAUCAUGCAAGCACAAUGAGAAUUUUAAUAAGAGAGAUGAAGUUAUUGAAUUAUUCAAGAGUGAAACACAUGAUGUGUAGAGAUAACGAGAUGUCAAGGGAAUUGUAGUGAAUGAAUUUUUUGGGUUAUUACUGCAGAGUAGAGGAAAUAAACAUCGAAAAAAAAAAUAAUAA